GGGUGGGGCGGCGGACGGCCUGCGGCGGUGCCCUGAGUUCGGGGCCGCCAGCCACUGACCAGCUCUGUGGCUCAGGCAGGUCCCGGCCUCUCGGGCCUCAGUUUCCUCCCCGCGAAGAUCGAGGGGCAUCUGGCGCGCUGGAAAUCACGUGGUCAAGUGGUUGAGCCUUGUGGCCAGACCAGAGAGGCCCCUGCCUCCCCCUAGGAAGCUCUGCUGUUCCUAUGGAGCCAUGAAGCUGAACGAGAGGAGCGUGGCCCACUAUGCACUGAGCAACUCCCCAGCGGACCACAGGGGCUUCCUGCGCACUUGGGGGGGCCCAGGGACUCCACCCACCCCCAGUGGCACUGGCCGAAGGUGCUGGUUUGUCCUCAAGGGCAACCUGCUGUUCUCCUUCGAGAGUCGAGAGGCCCGGGCCCCGCUGGGGCUGGUGGUGCUGGAGGGCUGCACGGUGGAACUGGCCGAGGCUCCCGUGCCGGAGGAGUUUGCCUUCACCAUCUGCUUCAGCGCCCCCGGUGUGCGUCCGUACCUGCUUGCUGCAGAUGGACCGGCAGCCCAGGAGGCCUGGGUGAAGGUGCUGUCCCGGGCAAGCUUUGGCUACAUGCGCCUGGUGGUGCGUGAGCUGGAGAACCAGUUGCGUGAUGCCCGCCAGAGCCUGGCCUUGCAUCGCCACUCAUCCUGGAAGGCGGGUACAAGCUCCUGUAAGAGCCAGCCUGCUGACCAGUUGUCUCGGGGCUUGGAGAACGGACACACCCUCUCCAGGGAAUAUAGCCCUAUGGGCUUGGUGGAGGCCGGGGGCAGCAGGCCAGCAGGGCGGAACUUGGCAGAAUGUGAGUUGCAGGGCCCUGCCAGCCUCCUAGGCAGGGGCCAGAGCCCCGUGUCCCCUGAGACCUCUUGCUUCUCUACCCUGCACGACUGGUACGGCCAGGAGAUCCUGGAGCUGAGGCGGGGGUGGCAGCAGAGGGCCCGGGGGAGCCAGCUAAAAUGUGAGCCACAGGAUAAGCCCUGAACCUGGACCCUUUGGGUGCUGCCCUUGUCCUGCUGGUCAGGACACCGGGGCCAAUUCUUUUUUUAGGAGUUUGAUGUUUACUUGUUUCCAAAGUUGCUUUUUUUGGAGGGGGUUUUCCAGGUUCCAGAUCCACCCUCAUACCUGGAGAGGCCUGAGGAAUCAUUACUUGUAUCCCCUUUAUUUUCUGAGGCCCAGAGAGCAAAGGUGGCUUGGAGGGUCCUUUGGUGGGAGAGGGCCUUCAGCCAUCACAGAGGGAUGGACUCUGCUCAGAAAGUGCUGGAGCCCCGUCCUCUCUCUCCUUCUGGCUAUCCUGGCAACAGGCGGUGCUGGAUGCUGACCCCGGAGGGACUGGUAGCUUUUACGUCAGCAGAAACCCUGACUGCACUCGGUACGCAGCUGCCAGCUCCUGGGUCUGCAGAGGGAAGCCGAAGAGGUGGGCAGGCAGUGUGGCUCCUCAGGGAAAGCCUGUUUGGUGUGGUUCUCAGUCUGGGCAUUCUCGGAGCUUGGGCACAGGACUCCUGGCACCUUGUGAUAAACCCUCUCCUGUCUGGUCUCCCAGAGGGGUGUUCCAGCUCCUGGCACCACCUGGGAACUUGCUCACCUGCCAAGACCCUCUCAUUGCCACCCUCCCUAGCAGGCCAGAUGUCUUCUUUUUCCAUUUAUUCUGGGAGGCACAGUGGCUGGCUCUAUAGAGCCAGAGGCCUGCCGAGGCUGAUGCCCUAUGGGCAUGGUGGCAGGGGCUAGAUGGGCGAUGCAGAGACUGUGCAGAGAACACCCCCACCCCCAACACACACAAUCUGCCCCUUAGCCUCUGCCACGGGGGCCUCGGCAGCCUGGCCAAGGCCCAGCUAAGGCCUAGAGCAGUGGUUCCCACCCUCUUGUGGCCACGCCCCACCCGAGCAUCUCUAACAUCCUGAUGGCCCCUCCCUGUGACACAGAAUUCUUAUUAUUCAAAAAGUGAACUCUUACGCACGUGGAGGAAGCCUAAAAGGCCAUUAACUUGAUCUAAACAAGCUUCCAAAGAACAUGGCAUCAUGAAAGAAAAAAAAUAAAAGAACGAAAGGACAGUAGACAUACCGAGGAAGAAACUACUAAGAAAUUGUUUUAAAAAAAUGAAAUAUGAAAAAAUAGCAAAUAAAGUUUCAAAACAUAAUAGAGAACUGAAAUGCAUAAAUGUCACAAUAUAUAUUUACAGACUGUAUAUGAGGUCCCUAGAACCUUAAGAAAUGCAAAAAAAUCACUGAUAACUCUCGCAUUGGCCCCCUGUGGGGCGUGUGCCCUCGUUGGGAACCACUGGCCUAGAGGCGGAGGCUCAGAGCCUCCAGGAAAGGCAGGAGGCUGAAAUGCGGGUUCAGGGUCCGGGACCUCUUCCCGCCCGACUUGUUUCCAAAGAGGAGGGGCCGCCUCCCCAGCCCUAACCGGAAGCGCCACACCCUUGUUUUAUAUAGAGAUUCCAGGCUUUUAUCUUUCUUAUUGUUACAGUAAUUUUUGUACGAUUAAAACACUACGUUCUUUUCUACUCA